AUGUGUCAAGUGGGCCACCUCGAUCCUGGCAGCCACCAAAGGGUCCUCAUGAAAACGGGCCUUAUCCUCCUCAUCAUCGGGCACCUCAACUUCAUCACCGGCGCCCUCAUCCACGGCACCGUCCUCCGCUUCGUGGUCAACCCCCGGGACGUCAUCUCCCUGCAGUACGCCGUCACCAACGCCGCCUCUGUCAUCUCCGCGCUGCUGACCAUCUCCUGUGGAAUAGCUGCCCUCAUGCUGUCCCGCUACCUCGCCCCCAUGACCCUUAAAUGGGUGGUUUUCGCCCUGAGCACCAGCAGCAGCCUGGGCUGCCUGUCCUGCCUGCUGGGGCUGGCCGUCUCCAUUGGGCUGACGCUGGGCAGCCAGGGCCGGGCGCUGCUGGCCCCCUGCACCGUCACCGACAUCGCCCUUGCCCCAGUCUCCCACGAGUGCCCCUUUGAUCCCACCCGUGUCUACAGCUCCAUGCUGUCCCUCUGGGCCAUCUCCCUCCUGCUCGACUUGAUGGAGAUCGUCUUCGGCAUCCGCUGCCUCCUGCUCACCCUCGACCUCCUCCGCCUCCGCUGCUGCUGCUGUGGGGCGCACCGGAGGAAGGUCUCCUUGCAGGCAGCCCCUGCGGAGAGCCCCGACCCCGGGCAGUGCCUGGGCUUGCUGAGGCUGGACAGUGUGGAAACUGCCCGGCUCUGA